ACCACUUCCUUCUUCUUGGAAACUUUCUCCUUGUUGAGCACAGCAAAGAGAUGUCUUCAGACAUCGUCACUCGUAUUUCAGUAGUUUUUCUUUAUCCAGCUCUGGCCAGGUCUUUCCUAGGGAAGGACCUGUUUCGUUUCUUUCCCUCUGUGCCGUGCAUGCCAUCAGCGCUGGCUUUCUGUUAUUUGCCUUUAUUAUUAUUAUUUCUUGUCUCUGCUUUUCUCCUUCAACAUGAGCCCUCACAUGUAGCCACUGGUGAGCUUCCUACGCUUCAGUGCCUGGUCUCAUACCCACGCACAGAUGGGCAGGACUAACUGAACUUAGUGGGUUACUUGAAAAAUAAGAGGAGGGGUUGGUGGGGCAUAAGGACCUUGGUGGGAGCAAAUAGGGGGUUAAGGUGGUCAUUUUUCCUUGUAUCCGUGCAUGAGAUUCUGAAGAAUAAAGUACAAAAUUUAAAAUACUGUCUCUCCACUUCCUCUUCUCAGUACAAUGCUGAAAUAUAAAUAUCUUCCUAUCCUCUUUUCUCAACAUUUUUUUUUUCAAGAUCGAGUUUCAAGGCAACUUUGAAACCAGUUGGCUCAACACCAACUCGAAUUUAUGCAGCCUUCCCAAACACUUCCCUGAGGAACCAGGCACAUUCCCUAAGAUUUCCUUCUAUACGCAGGCAAAGUACACAAAGAAUUCAUUCUGCUGUUAAUCUCGGGCUGCCCAGGGUGCUCUGAUUUCUUUGUUUAUGAAAAUAGAUGCCAAUGAAUUAAACCGACAGAUUGUACUUUGAAGCCUGCCGCUGUGAACGUGAGAAAGGGCGAAGCUUAGUCAGUGGACCUGCGCCCUGGCACACAGCGCUCCAGUUCUUGCGGGCUCCAACCCAAGUCUAGAAACUGAACCUUGCGGGGGCCAGGACCUUCCAAUGAGUAAGCUUCCACCAAAGCCGCAAUACAUCAGGCUACCAGCGAUGCUGACCGUCUAAGCGAAGGCAUGGUUACAGACCUUCCAAGAUGACACACAAUUGGCACAGAUCUGAAACAGGAUCGCUGAGGGGGUUCUUCAAGCUCUAGCGCUGAAAUAUGAUUCAGUUUAAGGUCAGAGCAAAAUUAAACUCUCAUGCCCGAUAUUUGUACAAAACGCCAGUAAAUAAAGUUAUCAUUGCUCACUCCUACCUUACAACAGUAUUUGUUUAUGAGAUGAGAAAUGAUGCAAAAGCUUUAAUACACACACACAGAGAGAGAGAGAGAGAGAGAGAGAGAGAGAGAGAGAGAGAGAGAGAGAGAGAGAGAGAGAGAGAGAGAGAAUCGUCCCUUAACAUUUUGUGUUCAUUCUUUGGCUUGCUUGUAGCUCAGUAUCCGUCAAGAGUAGGAGGAGAAAUCCCAGUUCUCCAGCCUCUCCUCUGCUCUCCUAUAGGAUUAGCCUUUGAGUAGUCCAAGAAACUUUUUAAGAAAGUUUUUUUUCCCCUUCCUUUCUGCGUUUCCUCCGUCAGCUCAGCACCUUCAAGCAACCAGAGGCUUGGGAGCAAAUUCUCCCAUGGACAAAACCGGAAAGCCUAGAAGGCAAAAGUCACCCCGGGUCGACCCGGGUGCUUGGGGGCAGGUGACAGAGGGACAGUUUCCUAGGCGCUGGUUUGACAGUUUCAUCCCCGCCCACUGGCAAGAGCGCUCCUAGGGCCGCUGCACAGGCGCACAGAGGGGGCCAUAAAAGCUGCAGCCGCGCAGAGACGCGGAGCUCGCCCACCCCCGGCGGAGCCGCGACCCGCCAUGCACGUGAACGGCAAAGUGGCCCUGGUGACCGGUGCAGCGCAGGGCAUAGGCAGAGCCUUUGCCGAGGCUCUGCUACACCAUGGCGCCAAGGUAGCCUUGGUGGAUUUGAAUCUCGAGGCAGGUGUAAAGUGUAAAGCUGCCCUGGAUGAGCAGUUCGAACCUCAGAAGACUCUGUUCGUCCAGUGUGAUGUGGCUGACCAGCAACAGCUGAGAGAUACUUUUAGAAAAGUCGUAGACCAUUUUGGAAGAUUGGAUAUUUUGGUCAAUAAUGCAGGAGUGAACAAUGAGAAAAACUGGGAACAGACUCUGCAAAUCAAUUUGGUUUCUGUUAUCAGUGGGACCUACCUUGCUUUGGAUUACAUGAGUAAGCAAAAUGGAGGCGAAGGUGGCGUCAUCAUCAACAUGUCUUCACUAGCAGGACUUAUGCCUGUUGCACAACAACCUGUUUAUUGUGCCUCCAAGCACGGCAUAAUCGGAUUCACACGCUCGGCAGCGAUGGCUGCCAACCUUAUGAAGAGUGGAGUAAGACUGAACGCUAUUUGUCCAGGCUUUGUCAACACACCCAUCCUUGAGUCCAUUGAAAAAGAAGAAAACAUGGGCCAGUAUAUAGAGUAUAAGGAUCAGAUCAAGGCGAUGAUGAAAUUCUAUGGAAUCCUGGACCCAUCAAUCAUCGCCAAUGGAUUAAUAACACUCAUUGAAGAUGACGCUCUCAAUGGUGCCAUCAUGAAGAUCACAGCAUCUAAAGGAAUUCAUUUUCAAGAUUAUGACAUCACUCCAUCUUUUGUAAAAGCUCCAUGAACAUCUUAAGCAUUGACCAUCACUGAAAUUAAGCACAAGGGACUCACUCAGACUGCAUCUUUAUUAAUAUAGCUUUUAAAAUGAAAUGCUGUGUAGUAUGAAACCUACCUGUCUGUGUCUGAUGUUAAUAUUUUUCUAAAUGAUCAGUUAAAUGUAUAGAUAAAGAUGUACAAUAAGCUAGCAAAAAUACAGUGCAAGCCAAAACUGGGUUAUAACCUACAUAAUCUAAGGGCAAAACACAGGAUAUUCAAGAGAUAUUCUGCCUUUCAGAAAGCAUAUUUAUCACUGUGGCUCAUAAAUAUUAAUGGUUUUCAGAGAGGAGAUACUUGAAUUGUUAUUUAAAUCAAAACAGAUCUUAAAUGAUUCACUUUAUAUGUUUGCACUUCAAGAGGGGGAGGCUACUUUGCAAUGGAAAUACUUAGUAAUAGCAGCUUGUACAUGAUCUACAAGCUAAACAUUUCAACUCUUUGAAGAUAUGGUAUGUGUGCGGGUCAGUAGUUAGGGAAUGAAUUCCAGUGGGACCAUGUCCAAAUAAAAUGUCUGAUGUAUGGGAAAAUGAUAUUUUUACUAACACUGAAGAUUCACACUUCAGCCUCAAACCAAGGAAGAUGGUUUUUGUUUUCCUUCCUAAUUUUAGAAAUUUAAUGGAUUCCAUAAACCUCAGGAAUGAAACUUUCAACAACAGUUAUAGCAAUAAAGGAGGAAAUUGUAAAGUUUUAUAUGUAUUGUAUAUGCUUAUUAAGAAAUGAUUCAAUGUAUUUUUAUUGAUUAUUUCUUUGUUGGUUUGUACUAAUUUCAAAAGUGCCUAUCUUUCAAUAAAACUCUUUUAUUCCAA